AUGGUGAACGGGACCGCCGCCGUGUUGGAACCCACAUUCACCGGGUAUGUCGCAACCACUCAGGAUGCCCUCAUACUAUUCGAGGCAUGCUUGACCGGUGUCUUGCAUCAUGUCCCCCGCCGCCCUCACGACCGGGAACGGAGUCAUCUCGUACGCAGCGGCAGCGUCUUCAUCUAUGAGGAGAAUGCCUCGGGUAUCAAACGCUGGACCGACGGAGUCACCUGGAGUCCCAGUCGCAUUCUGGGGAACUUCCUCGUUUACCGUGAGCUAGACAAACCAUUCCCUCCUGGGGAGAAGAAACGCGCCAUGAAGAAAGCUACUCGACGACCAGUGCCAGCCGGCCGGCCAGGCGAACCUUAUCCGCGACACGAUAGUAGCCAAGGCUAUUCGCCGACAUCUCCUAGCUCGGGACCUUUCACAGACCGUUCAUCCCAUCAAUCGGAGCUUGAACGGGCAUUGGUUGGCUCCCUGGUUGAUUCGUACGGCUUCAAGGACUCCGGGUUAGUCAAGAAGACAAUGAGCGUGACGGUUUUGGGCGUGACCCACCAUUUGGUCUCAUAUUACAGUGUAGAGGAUGUGAUGCGCGGCAUCCUCAACCCACCCUCGAUGGUGGAUUCCCUACGCUUCAUCCGACCUCGUAACGAUCUCACCCAGAAACAAAGCUUCCGUUCCCCAAUCGACGAGCUAGAGGCCAAUGCCGUGGAAAAUCAGGAGCCUUCCCACGCCGCUUUAUACGGAUAUCGCCCGCAGAUGAUGGCCCCACCCACCUACGCCAUGCCAAACCCUUCAAACGACUUCUACAUGCAUCCUAGCCCGUAUGCCGCCACACAUCCCCCGCAGCAAACCCCAAUUCAGGGAUACUCGAUGGGCGCGCCGAUGACAGCCCAAUCCGCGCCAAACCCGUACCUGCCAAAUCCAGGACAACCUACCAUUUCCCAAAAGCAGGAAGACUACCAUUCAUUCCGCGCAGGGCCCUACGGUGGCAGCAUGGACUCAAUGAGCGGGCACAGCAUGGCCUCUAUCUCAGGUCUCAGCACAGGACUCCCCAGUUCACUCAGCGAGCGCAACAGAUCCGUAUCUGAACACAGCCCUUCCGCUUACCGCAAUUCUUCUAUCUCCUCGCGCAGCCAGGCAACAGACGCUACUUCGCCUAUGGAUCCUUCCACACCGAGCACCUACUCCCGCGGCAGCUUCGGCAUGCCCACCCAGCUGGAUAGCCAACACCCACUCGACCGCAACAUGCCCGGUCUCGAUCCUAGCAUUCCUCGUCGCGAAUCAAACCCCAUCCAUCCGUCCUACUAUAAUACAGAUCGCUCCCAGUACUAUGUUCCUGCACCUUAUGCCGCCACGCAACCCAUGGCGCCAUGGACAACUACGGCAGCGACACAACCUCAAAUGGCGCAACCUCAAAUCUAA